CUCAGUGAAGAGGAGCAGAGAGGAGCAGCCACACAGUCCAGCGGCUCCUCCCGUUCGUCCCACACUCAGCUAGAGCUGCUCCCCGGAGGAGGAGGUGAUGAUGGCGGCGGCUGUAGAGAGAGGAGGCGUCCGAGCCGCUUUCCUGAGCCCAAGCAGCGGCGGAGGAGGACCGGUACCGAGCAGCCUGCCGACCGCAGGGUUAGCCGGGGCUGUGGUGCUGGGCUCCGGCAGCAUGCCCGUACCCAUGAACCUGUUUGCGACCUGGGAGAUAGACCGAUCAUCCCCCAGCUGCGUGCCGAGACUCUGCAGCCUCACACUGAAGAAGCUGGUAGUCCUCAAAGAACUGGAUAAAGAGCUCAACUCCUUGAGUAUAGCUGUCAAAAUUCAGGGCUCGAAGCGUCUCCUGAGAUCAAAUGAGUACGUCCUCCCACCGAGCGGACUGAUGGAGACAGAUCUAGAGCUCACAUUCUCACUACAGUACCCACAUUUUCUAAAAAGGGAUGCCAACAGACUGCAGAUCAUGCUGCAGAGGAGGAAACGCUACAAGAACCGAACCAUCCUGGGCUACAAAACUUUGGCUGUGGGAGUCAUCAACAUGGCCGAGGUGAUGCAACACCCGACAGACGGAGGACAGAUCCUGGGUCUCCAUAGCAACGUGAAGGAGGCUCCGGUGCGUGUGGCGGAGAUCAGCGUGUACUCGCUGUCCAGCCAGCCCAUCGACCACGAGGACGGCAGCGGGCAGGCCGGACGCAAGACCAAAACCUCAGAUCGAUCUCCAGACAUGGACAACUACUCCGAGGAGGACGAUGACAGCUACUCGUCAGAGCAGGAGGCCAGUGACGACGCGGUGCAUGGACAGGAUCUUUAUGACGAAGACGACGAGGUGAGGAAGCCGAAGAAACCCCGGAGGAAAAUGAUCCGUACCACCUCCAUGACCAGGCAACCGAACUUUAAGCAGAAGUUUGUGGCCUUACUGAAGAGGUUCAAGGUAACAGACGAGGUCCUCGACUCUGACCCCGUGGACCAGACGCAGGAGGUGGAGGAGGAUCUGGACCUGCUCUACGACAGUCUGGAGGUCUACAACCAGAGCGACAGCGGGCCCGAGAUGGAGGACAACGAGAGCGUCCUGAGCACGCCCAAACCCAAACUAAAGCCAUUUUUCGAGGGGAUGUCUCACUCCAGCUCGCAGACAGAAAUUGGAAGCAUACACAGCCAGAAGAGUGCGCAGAGAGAGCUGUCAUGUCCUAGUGGUGAGUUCCUGACCGUGGACAGAUGUAAAAUACAAGGAGCUCGAUAUCAGGAUGACAGCAACGCAGACACCACUGUUGGGGACCCGGAGACGGAUGACAGCGGUCCAGGGCCGGGGGAGGUGUGCAGCUGGGAUGUUAACACAGAGCGGAUAACCAGCACUGUUGGCAAGCUCUGCAAGACCGAAUCUCAGAACCACAUGUCUCCCAGUAAAGUGGAGAACAGGCUGCCGAGGCGUCCUCGCAGCACCUCUAUGAAAGACAGACAGAACUCAAAGGCGCAGAGCGAUCGCACCAGCAGCAUGGAGAGCGAGUGCUCCCCAGACUCCCGGCUCAUAGCUCAGGUUCCCAGGAAGUCUGUGUACGACCAGCUAAAUCAGAUCCUCAUCUCUGACGAACGCCUCCCAGAGAGCAUCAUCCUCAUCAACACCAUGGAGUGGCAGGGACAGUAUGUUGCCGAGUUGCUCCAUGAACAGGCCCAGCCCAUCGUGUCCACCUGCUCUGCUGCUGAUGUUCAGGCUGCCUUCAACACCAUCGUCACUCGCAUCCAGAGAUUCUGCAACUGCAACGCACAGACACCGCCAACAAUGAAGGUGGCAGUUGCAGGUGACCAGAGCUAUCUCAGCACCAUCCUGAGGUUCUUCGUGGAGCAGCUCGCCAACAAGACGCCCGACUGGCUCAGCUACAUCCGCUUCCUGGUGAUACCAAUAGGUUCUCAUCCUCUGGCGAAGUACGUGGCCUCGUUUGACAGCAGGUUCAACAACAUCUUCAUGGACACGGCGUGGAGGGAGCUGUUCUGCAGGACGGAGCGGCCCGCCUCAGAUAACAUCGACGUAGCAGGACGAGUGGUUCAGUAUCUGGCUGGUGCCAACGUGUCCCACCAGUUCCCCAUCUCAGAAGCCAUGCUCACCUACAAACAGAAGAGCCCUGACGAGGACUCCUGUCAGAAAUUUGUGCCAUUCAUCGGGGUUGUGAAAGUUGGGAUUGUGGAGCAAAGCCUCUCAACUUCAGUUGACUCAGAUGAUGCAAUGGGAGGCAACACAAGCAUCCUGUCCUCCCCAACGCCCCCAUCGGCCGGUCCGUAUGGGAAGGAGAUCGGUGGCACUCCUCCGCAGUCUCCAUCCGUGUCCACUGCCCUCUCUGGAGCUGGUUCUCCAUGUUCGGGCAGUGAGGUGAUGGGGCUGCAGGUGGACUACUGGACAUGGCAGGGUCCAGAGAAGAAGAAAGAGGGCGAGAAGAGAGAUGUGGGGCUGAAGAACACCCUGAAGAGCAACUUCAGAUCUCUGCAGGUCAGCCGUCUGCCCUGUGGGGGGGAGCUCACCCCCCCACCCAGCAUGGCCAUGACCGUGGUCACAAAGGAGAAGAACAAGAAAGUGAUUUUUCUCAGUAAGAAGCCGAAGGAGAAAGAGCUGGACUCUAAGAGCCAAGUGAUCGAUGGAAUCAGCCGGUUGAUCUGCACCGCCAAACACCAGCACACCAUGCUGAGAGUUACCAUCGAUGGAGUCGAGUGGAACGAUGUGAAGUUUUUCCAGCUCGCUGCCCAGUGGCCGACACACGUCAAGCACUUCCCGGUGGGAAUCUUCGGUUACACCAAACCCGUGUGACCCCGGCCACCCCCCCACCCCCCGCUCGCCCGACUCUCCGCUGCACUUCAGAAAAUGAGAGGAGACGCCGACGGGCCCCCGGCAGUACUAGCUUUCCUGUGGAAAUCUUACUGACUCACAAGCGCGUGUUCAUAAAUUCAUGUUGUCGACUCGAUGUUUUUGAUGUUGUUGGGUGUUGUUGUUGUUUUUUACACACUACAAAAAGAACAAGUACUAUUUUGUAAGAUUUGUGCUACCGCCUCGGAGGUAUUUUGGGGUUUUUGACAAUUUGCCACAUUUCAAUAAUGGCAGCUGUGUUUGCACUUUGUUUUGUUAACAUUUUAUUAUUUCUGUGAAAUCCUACAUUUAUUGUUACUCUAUAGACAAUGGAGGAGUGUGAUGGUGAUGUGCAGUGGCGUGUGUGAGAUUGUGUUUGUUGUUGAAAGUUGGAUUAUUGCUGUGAAACUAGAUGGAUCCUUCUCUUCUAACUGCGUUUUUCUUACUCGUCCCUUUCCCCUCUCAAACAGGCAGGAACAUGAAUUCUCUCUGCCUCGUGUCUUUAAGCACACGGUGUUCCGAAAAGCCGCUCAGCGUGGUGUUUCUGGACGUAGCUAUGAAGGAUGUAGCUACAACACGAGCCGUUCACGGCGUCAGAUCGGCGUUGUUAGGAGGUCUUCUUUGGGUGUUGUACGUUCAGACUGUACGCUAACAUCAGGUAGAAGCAGGGUAACGCUCCGCAGAUCUAACGCCAACAGCUGAAUGCCAAAUUCAUUUUGAACUGUUUGAGGCGUUUGUUUGUUUCCACGUCCUGAUGGGGCGGUCAGGAUACCAGAACUUUAACUUUGGUAUGAUUCAGGUGAAACUCAAACAUCCAUGACUCGAUACCACAGCAGUGAAAAUAGAAGUUUCAGCUGUUUUUAACAAAUCUUUAAAGAACUUUUCAGCGUCUUUGUGCAGCUGUGACAACUUGCAGGAGUUUACCUGCAACAGACUCAUCCCUCUCUGACACCUGUCUCAUGAAAUAGAUCCAGUUUAUUGAGGUUUCAGUGCUUUUAGAUUCUAAAAACUGUUAAAUAAUAGAGAUAUUCUUGUUUAAAUGUGCAGAAUUAACCUGGAAACUUCAGCAUUGUUUCAUCAUUCAUUUGGUUUUGGCUUGAGCCUAAAAACAAGUUUGCAAAUUGAGGCGAUGUGCCGGAGUUUGCCUUUGAUUUUUAUGAUGGAUUCAUUCCUCUUGUACACAUCUAUUUCAUAAAAUAGAUCUACUUUGUUGAGGUUUCAGUGCUUUCUGAUUGUGUUAAAUAACAGAGAUGUUAUUGUUUACGAUGCUUUAUAUUGUAUAAUUUUGCAACCUUUUACUGCCUACAAAAUCAUUCAGGGGGAAAACAAUCUUAAAUCCCCUGAUAGUAGUUUCUAUUCUUACUCAUUCAUUUGGUUUCAGCUUGAUUGAAAAAACAUUUGAAAUGUUAUCUAUUAGUCCACAACCCUACAAUUAAUUUCACAAUUUAAGACCGUUGCAGGAGUUAGCUUGCAAUUCCUGGAUGAUUCUUUCCUCUCUUACACACUUAACCUGUAAAAAAUAUCUCAUUUUAAGUUUCUGUAUUUUUUGCUAUGAUCAGUUCUUAAAAUAUCAGAGAAUUUACUAUUUUUAACACAAGCAGUAUUGAAAAUGUUGGUCCUGAAGUGUUUCAUUAGUUUUCCUGUAGUUUUUGCAUGGAUGCAUUUCUCUCCUACACAUCUGUCUGAUAAAAUAGAUCCCAUUUAUUGAGGUUUCAUUGAUUUUGAUACUAUAAGGCAAUAGUAAAUGGAGAUAUUAUCAUUUAAGAUGCUGCAUCCAGACGUUUUGACCUUUUACUGCCUAAAAGUUCAGUUAAGAAAAACCAGCCAACUCCCAUGUAGUUUCAUCUUUUUAUUCAUUAAUUUGGUUUGAGCUUGAUCUUAAAGUGAGCAAAUAUAGACCUUGUGCGGGAGUUUAACUGCAGAUUUUGAUGGAGUUAUUCCUCUCUUACACAUCCAUCUCAUGAAAUAGAUCCAGUUCUUGAGGUUUUAGUACUUUUUUAUGCUCUGAAGUAUUAAAUAGCAGAGAAGUUUUAUCAUUUUAAACAAAUGUAGUAUUGGAAAGUGUUUCACUUCCGUAUUUGUGUUAUCCAUCCUGAUUUUUGUUAUUUUUGGAGUUUAAGAUGAUUUUAACCUUGCAGUUACGUCACAUGCUACAUGUCCCAAGGCUGUUUUCUUCAAAGCUGGUGGCUUUGGGUUCAAGUCCAAACUGUGGCUCCUUGCUGCCCAGUUUACAGCUUCAUCUUUUGCCCUAUCGUAAUAAAAGCUUAAAAGCCCCAAAUAAAAAACUAAAAGGAUUUGUUUGGCAAACAUUGUGACCUUGCUUUUAAGCUCGAUACUCACCUGAGAGUACGGUUGUCAGGAUGUUUGCUCUUCCAUAUUUAUUUAUGCUACAGGUUGUAAAACAAUGUCAGGGUCAAAAAGCACCCCAGAUCAGAGAAAUACAUCUAUUCCAUGAAACAAAUGUAGGAGAGGAAUGGUUUUACUAAGAAGUGCAGGUAGAGUUUCUGAUGUGCAAAAAUCUGUUUACAGAGUUUGCCGCUUUUAAGAGUUAAACAUUAGAAAUCUCCCAACAUUAGGCACCUAGGACUUCUAUUUUUGUUGUCAUGGUAUCAAAAAAGCUUGGAUGAUGUUUGAUUUUCCUAGGACGAUAUCAGAGCUUCUGAUAUUGCUAUGGAGACAGCCCUAGCCGAGAGGACGUCUCACUCCUGCCGUAUUGUAACAAACACUCCAGAUGUGCAGCGAUGUGCCAAAGUUUGUCCUCUAGUCGAUCCAGCUGAGCUCUUGGUUCAAAUUCAGGCAGUCUGUGGUUGUUGGAGUCAGUAUUAACUUUACUGAGUUUAAAUUAACUCAUUAGUGCAGGUGAUGACGUAUAAACAGGACUAACCUAGAAUCCGCCGCCGUGUCCUUCCUGACAGUCGAGUGGGUCGCUCGUUUUUGUGCAGACGUCUUUUGGGAAAACGUCUGACUUGAAGCCCGCUUUGACGGUCACGUUGAGCUCAAUGCAAGUGAUGCUUUUAAACUUAGGAUGAAAAGUGAAUGGAGUGUCGUGAGGUGUCCGAGUCACUGCCCGUGUCUGUCUGUGUCGGUGUGCUCCGUGUUCGAUGGUACUCCCUCAUAGUGUUAACGUGAAACUUUUGCAAUAGGAAACCUUGGACAAAGGGCCUUCUGUAUGAGUUUGUUGCUUUUUAUAAAGUGAAGACUUACAAGCUUUGAUAGGCUGGCUUUUUUAGUAUUGUAUAGAAAAUAUAUACAAGAUGUAUUAUUGUGAAUCCCCCCUCCCUCUAAAUUGAAAGCACAAAUAGCUUCCCCUUAUUUCUCGACAUAAAUGCCAAAUAUAUAUUAGCAGAAGUAUGACGAUGUACAAUGCAACACUAUUAGACGUUACUCUCCCUCACAUUGUAAUGCACUUUCAUGUGGUUUUGACACAUUUGACUCCAAUUUGGACUCUCUUUGGUUUGAGGUGUUUGAUUUAAACCACUACCUUUAGGAAAAGAGGAAGCCGUUCUGAUUAAUAUUGUUUUUAAUGACCCUUUUUCACAGGGAUGAUGUGUUUGAUGACGGGGUUAAAAUCCCCUCAUGGCUGUCUGUUACUUUAUGUUUUGCCACUUGAUGAAAAAAAUGUUUUGCAGCUACCGCCACGUUCUAUGGAAGCCCAUUUCUGCCAGUUAAAAAAAGGAAAUAUGAGAAAGAAAAGCAAAGAUGUUAAACUCAAAUUAUAAUCGACCAGUGGGGUGCAGAGGUUUGCAGCACCUGCAAACGUAAAAACUACCAACAAAUGUGCAGCAUUAAUGCAAUAAUGGUGCAAAUGUAAUGACAGCUGCCUACUGAAAACCUAAUAAUUAUUUUUACAUUUGCAGGAAUUUAUUAUCUUUGUUGAAGAUGAAAUCACCCUUCCACCAAAACGCGUGGUUGUUGUUUGCUGUAACCUUUUAAAAGUGCCCAUGGGUUUACGUCAGCUUAAGCUCAAGUCACACUUAAAAAGGUACUCAUGGUGUUUAUUUUGUUCGCCAUGAAACAAGAAGUUUUUUUAAAUACUUAAAGAGCCUUUGAUCCCAACACAUUUCUGUUUCAUUUGAUUCAAGUAAGAGUAAUUUUACUGUUCAUAGAGAGCUGAAAAAUCAGCUUAAGCUCAAGCCACAUCUAAAAACAUAGCCAUGGCGACUGUUUUGUUCGCCAUGAAACAGGAAGUUUUUAAAUACUGGAAGAGCCGUUAAUCCUAGCACAUUUCUGGUUCAUUUGAUUUAAAUAAAAGGAACUUUACUGUUCAAAGAGAGCUGAAAAAAAAAAUCACUCUUGGGCAAAACUGGCUCUCCCUAUUCAAGUGAGUUGCUGUCUUAAACAUACAGGAUACAAACUUCCUGAGAUUAAACAAAUUUUAAAUGUAGACGGAGAUUUUAGGUUAUUAUAAAACGAUAAUACUAGGUGGGCGACCAGUGUUUCGGUUUCUCUUUUUAAUAAUUUUCUUUUAUUGACACGUUUAAUCCAGAUUCAUGGCUCAACCAGUGUUUUAAGACUGUGUAAAAUCUACUUCCCGUUUCAUGGCGAAAUCAAAUUAAAUUUGUGAGAAAUUUAUCAAGUUUUUGAAAUUUUACAAUUAAAUCUGCAGAUUUUGUGUGACAUUUGCGAGCAGGUAUUACAUUUGCAGGUAUAACAGGGUUUGUGGUUUUGUAUCCUGGUUGGAUGGGUCCUUUCUGUGCUUCUGUCUUUCUCCCUGUGCUUACAUCCUCCCACAGUCCAAAGACAUGCUUGUUAGGCUAAUUGGUAACUCUAAAUUGAUCAUAGGUGUGGCUCUGAUUGACUCCAGCCUCCCUCAGCCCUAAAGGGAAAAGCAGUGUAGAUGAAUUGAUGGAUAGUGGACUGGUUCAGUGGUUCCCGAGCUUUUUCCUUAGGGUCCUCCUUGGACCCACUUGAAAAAACUAAACAUCUAUCUUAAUUUUUAUUCAUUGACAGAAUCCAAACCUAAUAGGCUUCCUUACUUAAUAGAUUUAGCCAAAAUAUCUAUGUAUAAAUUAUCCAAUUUAAUAACCACAUAAGAGCCACUCUACAAAGAAAAUAUUCAACUUUGAAAAGUUGGAAAAUUAAAAGGAGAGCUAGAAGUUUUGACUGUGAAAAUCAUAAAUUUACAUGGACAGAAACUUGGAUUCUUUUUAGAUUAUAAAGUUAAAAAUAACAGCUUGCAUGGAGGAAAAUGGAACCAGAUAAAACAGUUUUCCUGUUUUUCUGACCUUGGUUGCACACACAACCCCACAGGUACCAGCUGCCUCUCUGAGGUAUUCAGUCAUCAGACAGUGAGGGUGCCAUGGUGGGUUAGGGAGAAAGGCUGCAGCAGUUUUUGACUUUGACCCAUUUGUGCAAAUUUGACAGAAAAUCCCUUGAAGAGCUCUUAAGAUAUGUUCUCAAACAAGGCAUGAGCAUGAGGCUGAAUGACCAGUGAGCUGAUCUGUGCAUUCUUUAGUGGAUAAAUGUGUUAAAGUCUGGGAGAUUUCUUAAAGCAGUCUUGCAUUAUUGCAUUCACAAGAAAGGCCCAGAUGGACAACCUGAAAACUGAAUGUCCCUGACCCUGGUUUCCACCAGCACAGAGCGUCAGAAUUUUGCUAUAAAUUUGAUUCUUUAUCUCAGAAUAAUUGCGUAUUUUUUUAGAUUAUACUCUAUUCAUCAAGUGCUUAGCGCACCCAUAUUUUUUUUUAUUACUGGCAGAGUUGGGCUUCCGUACGCGUCUGCCCAUGACGACACAGCCGAGCGCUUGUCUCCUGCUUUCUGAAGACGUUUACUCCACACGUUCUUCUCAGAGUUCAGAGGCCACCGGCCCGUUAACAUGCUCCUGAACGCGGGCUGUGACGUGUUCAAGGGCAGAACUGUUUGAGGGAAUUUUUAUUUCGAGGAAGCCUUUUAAAUAAAACGGGCAAAGUGAAAAAUGUAUUUCAGCGUGUUUCACCUCGAUUUAGAUUUUUUUUAUUCGCCCUGAAUCUAGAGGUAGCAUGGGGGUGUUUUACAAGGCUGGAUCAAUGAGCAGGCAUGCAAAAAACGAACAUCAGUGUUAACGUUUCAUUAAAGGUCAGACUACAUGCCAUCUCAUUGCUCCUGGUACUUGAAAUGCCGCCCAGUGUCUUUGCACAAACCCUAUUUUAAAUGACAUGACAGUAUUUUUAAAUUUACCACUAAAAAUAUGGGUUACUCUGCAUGUUUUACUAUAGAUGUAAAUAUGUUUUGGAUUUUUAUAUUGUUUUGUUUCUUUCCAUGCUCUCACAAGCAGUUGUGUUUAAUAAAAAUUUUUAAUCUUC